CACUUGAGAGACAGAAGCAGGCUGGGCCAUGCAAGCUGCUGCCUUUAUCUUCAUUCAUAGGAAGUGGAAGGAUGAUAAGAGCCAUUUUGAAGACAUGAUUGAUUAUUUUUGUGACAUCCAUGAACCACUCCAACUUCUCAUCUUUCCAGAAGGAACUGACCUCACAGAAAAUAACAAGACUCGGAGUAAUGAUUUUGCUGAGAAGAAUGGACUUCAAAAAUAUGAAUAUGUCUUACAUCCAAGAACUACUGGCUUUACUUUUGUGGUGGACCGUCUAAGGGAAGGUAACAACCUUGAUGCUGUCCAUGACAUCACCGUGGCAUAUCCUUACAACAUUCCUCAAACUGAGAAACACCUCCUCCUUGGAGACUUUCCUAAGGAGAUCCACUUCCAUGUCCGUAGGUAUCCAGUCAGCACCCUUCCCACUUCCAAGGAGGAGCUGCAGCUCUGGUGCCACAAGCGGUGGGAAGAGAAGGAAGAGAGACUGCGCUCCUUCUACCAAGGGGAAAAAAGCUUUCAUUUUACUGGACAGAGCACAGUGCCACCUUGCAAGUCUGAGCUCAGAGUCCUAGUGGUCAAGCUGCUGUCCAUACUGUAUUGGACUUUGUUCUGCUCUGCAGUGUGUCUGCUCAUAUAUUGGUACAGCCUAGUUUGGUGGUAUUUCCUAAUCAGCAUUGUGCUUUUCGUGCUGCAGGAGAGAAUAUUUGGUGGACUGGAAAUCAUUGAACUUGCAUGUUACCGUUUUUUCCACAAGCAUCCACAUUUAAAUUCAAAGAAAAACAAGUAAGACGGUUGCAUUCACCACAUAAAACUCUAGGAGCGUUGUGGAAAUGUUACAGCCUUUGUAAACCGAGAUAAGUUUUUGCAUGACUAUGUCAAGUGUUUCUUACUAUCAUCAUUUAUUGUUAAAGAUAUUUUGCACGUAAUUUUAUGGGGGAAAUAUUGCUACAGUUUCUUUAACUCUCUGAAUGUAAUUCCAAUGCUGCAUAUGUAGCAGGGGUCAAUCGCUAUGAAUAACUGGGGCCAGAAUACUAGAAACAGUCAGGAGGCCGUUGAGACAAGAUGCAAGCUUUUCUGAAAGGGUCAGCCCACUUCUGACAGGCUGCCAGCCCAGAGGCAGGCCUGACACCAUGAACAUGUCCCAGCACUGUAGGCAGAUGGUAUUCUGGCUCCCCUGGGAGGCACUGUCCAUCUAUCCUUUCAUCCUUUUACAGCCAUCAAACCCCAAACUGCAGUUGUCUUGUCCUAAACUGACCACCAUUUCAUAGGGAGCCCUUCAUUGCUCACUCACAAAGCCUUGAGCUGAAGCCAGCAGCAGGAAGCCCCUUUCUCACCUGGAAGUCACACCUCACUCUGCUCAGGGAGCACCUGCAGGCUCUCCAGUUGGGUUCUAAGCUUGCUCUUCACUCGGUCCUCAUUGCCUCCUGCUCCUUAGCAGGUGUAGCUUCUUCAUCAGUGUGAACUGACACAUGUAAAGGUGUACUAGAACAUUCUUGUAUUUCAGACAGAAACGGUCUUAUGAAAUACUACACACAGUGGAAGUCAGGUGUGUGUCCUGCUCAUGUAGGGUGUCUACCUUUUGCCAUCAGAGCUACAACAAAAAUAGCCACCGACAGGAUGUUAUAGCCAAAGCCCCCAAGCCUUGAUCAGCUUCACUCUUAAAACUAAAAAUGCUAACCCAGAAUGAACCCUUUCAUUGAGAUCAAGGACUCCCUUGCUAACUCUCCCUCAACAGUAACUUUUAAACCCACACAGACCAGCUGUUUACCAAAUAGCCCUAUCAUCUGGAAGCCAUGAAAACCCAGCAGACCAAUAAAUAGCACCAUUGUCCUGGGUAAGAGAGCAUGUGGCCAUUGUUCCCACUGAGCUACAUGGGCCUGUCUUUGUCAUUGACUGGGGCAGGGGCACAGGCACCUAAAACUGUCCAGCUGUUAGCAAACCUGUCAAUCCCCCCCCCCAGCCCCCGCUGGGCACUCUCAGGAGCUGUCACUGCCCUGUGUAUUCAGACCAGAAUUCACCUUCCUGCUCAGCUUAGCAGCACAUUUUCUAAGAAAGCCCUGUGGGGACAGUUAGUGGAUCAUGAUUAGUUUGUUUCUUUGGAGCUUGUGUUUGUGAGGGGUGCCGCUACGGAAGCACACCAGUCUGUAUUUAACUGCUCUAUCAAAGCUCAGUUCAGUUCUGCCAGGAGCUUACUAAUUAGCUUCUGUGCACAUCUGCUCUCAACACAGCUGUUUGACUUUAGAGUUUUUAAGGUUAAAAACACAAAAAAAGAGCAACCUUUUCCCCCCUUUUCCUUAAUAGGAAAGACUGCAAUUUUAAGUUUUUCUGCAACUUCCUUGGAUCACAUUUAAACAUGGAAAUAGCUAGCAAUCAAAAUUACAUUUGUUUCCCAGGUAAAAGAAAAAGCUGCUGUCUCUACACACAGUGCCUGGGAUUACCCAGUAGUGAUGCCCAUUUCCUUGUGUAUCCUCAAACCCUUUGCCUCUUAUUCUCCCAUCAACAGGAAGAUCUUCCUCCUCUUUUGAUCACAGAAAAACAUGCUUAAGGUAGGAAACCCUUAAUUUUAUUAUCUACCCCAAAUUCAUAAUUCUAAGUAUAGCACUAACACUAGAGAAAUUGCUUUAAGAGAAAUUUCUCCAAAAGGAAAAAGAAAACCCCCUUUUAAAUAAAAUUUAAAUAUUUAAAUAAAAAAUAAUUAUUUGUUUUUACCUACAUAUUUAGCUUUGUUAAAAUUUUUAUUAACUAUAUAUAUAAAAUAUAUAUAUUACAUAUAUAAUGAUUUUGAGCAUGGAACUGCUUUAAAUCAAUCCUUGAUGGUAGUUGGCCUUAGAAAUGCCCUUAUUACACCUCACCCUUCAGCCAGAGCUCCUAGCAGCCGGCAUCCCUGCUACAGCAGAACCUAGCCCCUGCUCCAUGUGACAGUAAGACCAAGGGACUGAAAUGCUCACAGCACUAGCUGGCUAGCUGACCCCAUCCUGGAGAUUUUAAGUAUAGUAGUUGUGGGUUAUUUAUAAUGUAAACCAUUUCACUUUACAAUAUGAACCAGUAAGGAGGGGAACUGGCGAGGUGACAGGUUCCCACAGUAGGUAUCUUUGCAAUAAGUUCAAGGAAUCCUGAACUUAAGUCAGGCUACAUGAAGAAAGGCUGAAGAUGAAAUGCAUAAGUAUCUGAAAGAACUCAUCUCUUAAGACUAAAACCCUGCCCUUGUGUGCUCUCAACAUAGACGAGAAAGAAAUAGCAUCUUCCACUCAUGCACUCUAAUGGUGGGCACUCCACAUGCAGACCACAUAUUGGUAGCCAAGCCUGAGUUCUGCAGACAGACAGAUUUCCAUUUCACCCGCUCUCAAGCUCUGGCCCAAUGGAGAGGCUCCGGUACAGUCACAAAGACUUAGCAGAAGGAGCCUGUUGGUGGUAAAUUGUUUACAUUUCUUUAUAUAAAAUAAUGUGCUUUCAGUGCCUUAGUUACGGGUCCCCUUCUUUUCCCUGUUCCGAGAGUUCUAUAACGUGUCCUUAACGUCUCUCCUUGUCACUCAUUAGGAGGAGAAAAAGGUGUCUCAAUACUUGUCAUUGGUUGACAGAAACAAAACACUAUGUUGUAACUUUGAGAAAAGAGCUGGACGCUGAGCUAGUGGCUAGUGUUCUAACUUAACUAUAGAAGAUGAAAAUGGCUCGGCCAUACAAUGAACUUCAGACUAAAUAUGACUCUACAGGUGUCUUGAACUUUAUAUUUUUAUUUCAGAGUCUUGGUUUUGGUAACUCGUUUUUAAAAGAUCAUUAUGUGGAGAACACCAAGUUUUAAAAAUAACUCACAGAAUGGCCUUAGCUUUCCGUGUCCACUGGAAUGUUGUGAGUUGUUAUUUGUAAUAUGCAUCCAGAAUAAAGUGGAGUGAAUCACA